GAACGAUGAAAAAUUGGAUCUACAGUGGACUUUGGAGGGCCACCAGCUGGGCGUGGUAUCUGUGGAUAUCAGCCACACAGGCUCCAUUGCAGCGUCCAGCUCCCUAGAUGCCCACAUUCGCCUUUGGGAUUUAGAAACUGGCAAACAAAUCAAGUCAAUAGAUGCUGGUCCUGUUGAUGCUUGGUCUGUGGCUUUUUCUCCUGAUUCCCAGUACCUUGCAACAGGAAGUCAUGUGGGAAAAGUAAAUAUUUUUGGUGUCGAAACUGGAAAGAAAGAAUAUUCUCUGGACACCAGAGGAAAGUUCAUCCUUAGCAUUGCAUAUAGUCCAGAUGGAAAAUACUUGGCCAGUGGAGCGAUCGAUGGCAUUAUCAAUAUUUUUGAUAUUGCAACUGGAAAACUUCUGCAUACGCUAGAAGGUCACGCAAUGCCUAUUCGUUCGCUGACGUUUUCUCCAGAUUCUCAAUUACUUGUAACUGCUUCAGAUGACGGCUAUAUCAAAAUCUACGAUGUGCAACAUGCAAACUUGGCUGGCACAUUAAGUGGUCAUGGAUCCUGGGUAUUAAAUGUAGCAUUUUGUCCUGAUGACACCCAUUUUGUUUCCAGUUCAUCUGAUAAAAGCGUAAAAGUUUGGGAAGCUGGAACGAGAACCUGUGUUCAUACUUUCUUUGACCACCAAGAUCAGGUUUGGGGAGUGAAAUACAAUGGAAGUGGAUCCAAAAUUGUAUCUGUUGGUGAUGACCAAGAAAUUCAUAUUUAUGACUGUCCAGUUUAACUAUCUUGACUCAGACCCUUUGGUU